ACUGGUGGUCUAAGAUGAGCCUGUGUAAUAUAUCUCCAGGAUCAGCCCAGUUUAAGGACGUCAAGUUCUUAUCUAUGCUUGGUCUGUGGAGGUGAAUUGCUUGGUCUCAAUAUCCUCUUGCUCAACUGAACGCCAUAAUUUACAGAAGUGCUUCUGUUUUGCUUUUGUGGGUUAUGGGGCUCUCAAGUUUCCCUGGUGCAGCAGGAGUGCUGCCAGAGUUACUCAUGAACGCAAUCUUAUUAGUGGCUCUACUGAAAAACACGGUGACGUCAGGGCUGCGAGUUAUGGUCGGUGCUAACUGGACACCUCCAGAUUACGAGGGAGAGCCAGAUGGAAAUCCACAAGAAAAUGCAAGAGAGAGAAGAAUGUCAAUAACCCAGUUCAAGAGCUUGCAGCAGAAUGAUGGCACAUGCUAUGGGGUUAGUACUGCAAUGGAAUGUUGUGUGUGUCUAUGUGGAUUUCAAGCUGAAGAAGAGGUGAGUGAGCUGCAUUGCAAGCAUUUCUUCCACAGAGCUUGUUUAGACAAGUGGUUUGAUAACAAACAGGCUACUUGCCCUCUUUGUCGAUCUAUCAUUUUAUUUGAUUCAUAAAUGUUUUUCUUACGUGGGUGUUAGAAUUUCUGAGGAAUAUAUAUUGUGUUAUCACUUUGAGCAAAAUUAGACAAGGGUUGCUAUGAUCUUGCUUUAUGCACAACGCUAGAAUGUUGUUAGAACUUAUAAGAGCGAAAAAAUAAAAAUAAAAAU